AACACGAUGUGAUUUAGCAUAUUUUUAGUAUCGAUACUUCAUUAAGAGAGCGAUCAGAGCGCACGCACUGCUCCGUGUCGAGCUGUCUGCGCACACUGCGCUGCGCAGCUCACAGCGAGAGAAGUGGCGCAGCUUUAGAGACUUCGGCUUAAAAAAUAAAAAGAUGCCAGAAGUGAAAUGUUUCAGUCUGUAAAGUUGUGUAACUCUCCAGCUGCUCAUCCUGAUGAACUGUGGAUCAUCUGGUCAGAGACUAACGGCCUCAUAGUGUAUAAUCAAUGCUAUGAUGGAACCAUGUAGUUUCAUUCAUAUCUGGCUGUAUGAAUACUCAUAUUACUGUCAUUUGUUAAGUGUUGAAAAAGUUGGUAAAAAGUGAACCAUACAGAUGUUUUAUUUAUUACUAUUAUAGAUAAAUAUACCAGUCUCGUAAUUAUGGUACCAUAUUGUUUGUAUGGUGUAUUGAAUUCUGGUAUCAUGAUAUUUAUGGCAGGUAUGUAAUAUGUAUAGAAGUUAUAAUAUGAGUAUCGUGACAAACAGGUGGAGACAGAACAGAUUCAGGGAAAAGUCCAUGAGGACUGUUCAGGCAACAAAAAAGGAAGUUGGUUCAUGAAUGACUUUAACCAUAUUAUAUAUAAUGACAAUGUAUAUUUGUUAUUACUAUCAUUAUAGGGCUGAGUCAGAGCGGAGAACCUUUUGGUCUUAAACUGUUUAUUAUCAUUAUUUAGAUUUGUGGUCAGAACAAUAAAAUGACUAGUUGUGGUUCUAAAAGCUUUGAGGCUUCAAACAACGUGGAUGUGGUGUGGUGACAACAACAAAAAAGAGUCACCUGCACCCCUCAUGAGUUUGCAGGUUUUGAAGCAGUGCCGGGAGUCUAACUUCACCAGGUCCCACCAGACAACAGAUGAAGUGGAGGUGGUGCUUUACUAUGAGAGUCUGUGUCCCGGCUGCAGAAUGUUUUUCACUGAGAUGCUCUUUCCCACCUGGCUCAUGCUGAAAGACAUCAUGUCUGUUACUCUGGUGCCCUACGGCAACGCACAGGAGAAACCUGAUGGACAGAAGUAUAUUUUUGAAUGCCAGCAUGGAGAACAGGAAUGUCUGAGCAACAUGAUUGAGACUUGUCUGUUGAACAUGACGGACGUUGCUUACCAGAUUAUCUACUGCAUGGAAUCCUCCACUGAUGUCAUCAAAGCAGCCAAGAGCUGCUUGGAACUCUACAGCACCGAGCUGAGGUGGGACCGCGUCAUGAGCUGCGUAAAAGGGGAUGUGGGAAACCAGCUGAUGCAUCAGAAUGCCCUGAAGACCGGAGCUCUGAAACCUCCCCACCAAUAUGUUCCCUGGGUGACCAUAAAUGGGGAGCACACAGAGGACAUGCAGGACAAGGCCUUAAACUCUCUCUUCACUCUGGUCUGCAGCAUGUACAAGGGCCCCAAGAUUCCAGCCUGCGGGGGGGAGGCGAAACCGAAACGCUACAGAAGCUACUGCCACAAAGAGUGAAGGACUCACUUGCACUGUUCCAGGUGUGGCCACUAAAUGAGGAAUACUGAAGUGUCAUCAAAUAUUUUCUUACUAUAUUUCUGAAAAGGGAAAAAUAAACUCCAUUUAAUAAAAUGUU